AUGCGGCAUUUGCGCAAAUCUGACGACCUUCUUAUGAACACACUGCAGCGAACCUUCAAGUGCUGUGGUCUUAACGGAUUUGCCGAUUACGGAAUUUCUUAUCCCGCCUCCUGCUGCGACGCGCCCACCAACGGAUCCUGCGGAAUGACCCAAGUUAUUGGCCGUCCCAGUUGCCUGAGAGCCGUCGAUUCGUUCUGGGACACCAACGCGAAUAUCAUCAAGUACGCUGGUCUGGGUGUGACCGCUGUUGAGCUUGUGGCCUUUAUAUUCGCUUGUUGCUUGGCCAACCAGACGCGCAACUCCCAGAGACGCCAGAACUACUAAGAGUUUAAGCAUCUUUAAUAUAGUACUAAGAUUAGCUCCCGAACUGUUAAAUGACAGAGUAAAUGUAUUAAUAAAGAAAACAAAUUAAAUAUUUUA